UGGCACGAUGUUUUUAUGUUGCAGAUGGCUAAGAGUUAGCACGGCAGAUCCGGGACCAUGAUGGCUCAGUUUCCCACGGCCAUGAACGGAGGUCCAAACAUAUGGGCCAUCACCUCCGAAGAGCGGGCCAAGCACGACAAGCAGUUUGAUAGCCUUAAACCCACGGGAGGCUACAUUACAGGUGAUCAAGCACGUACCUUUUUUUUGCAGUCAGGACUACCAGCUUCAGUCCUUGCUGAAAUAUGGACACUAUCAGACCUGAACAAGGAUGGAAAAAUGGAUCAACAGGAGUUCUCUAUAGCCAUGAAACUCAUCAAGCUGACAUUGCAAGGACAGCACUUGCCUGCAGUUCUCCCUCCUGUCAUGAAACAAGCUCCAGUAUUUUCGCCACUAAUGUCUGCUCGCUUUGGAAUGGGUAGUAUGCCAAAUCUGUCCAUGCCAACAUCUGUGUCUACGAUCACACCAUUAGCUCCCAUGUCUCUGGCUUCCAUGACUUCCAUUCCUCCUUUGGUUAUUUCUGCUCCCCUGGUGCCUUCUGUCAGUACCUCCUCGUUGCCAAAUGGAACAUCCAGCCUUCUGCAGCCUUUGUCCGUACCUUUCUCUUCAACGCUGCCUCAUACUGGUUCUUUAGGUCCUGUGACAGGAGGGUUUGGUGGUUCUAAUAUACAGAAGGCACAGUCUCUCAUUGAUCUAGGAUCUAGCAGUUCAAAUUCUUCCUCUAGUGCAUCACUAGCUGGGAAUUCACCAAAGAUUACAACCUCAGACUGGGCAGUUCCUCAGGCCUCCAGAUUAAAAUACAGACAGAAAUUUAACAGUCUUGACAAAAGUAUGAGUGGAUAUUUAUCAGGAUUUCAAGCAAGGAAUGCCCUUCUGCAAUCAAACCUUUCACAGACUCAGCUGGCUACUAUUUGGUCACUGGCUGAUAUUGAUGGAGAUGGGCAGCUGAAGGCUGAUGAGUUUGUUCUGGCCAUGCACCUCACAGACAUGGCCAAAGCUGGGCAACCACUGCCACUGACUCUGCCUCUCGAACUGGUACCACCUUCCUUCAGGAGUGGAAAAUAUACUGAAAAUAUAAAUGGAACUCUGCCACCUUACCAGCCUGUGCAAGAGGAGGAGCCACAGAAAAAACAGCCAGUGACAUUUGAGGACAAAAGGAAAGCCAACUAUGAGAGGGGAAAUAUGGAGCUGGAAAAACGCCGCCAGGUCCUGCUGGAGCAGCAACAGAGAGAGGCUGAACGCAAGGCUCAGAAAGAGAGAGAAGAACAAGAGCGAAGGGAGAGGGAACGUCAGGAACAGGAACGGAAAAGACAACUCGAAAUGGAAAGGCAGCUGGAGAGACAACGAGAGCUGGAAAGACAAAGGGAAGAAGAAAGGAGGAAAGAAAUAGAAAGGCGGGAGGCAGCAAAGCAAGAACUUGAGCGCCAGCGACGACUGGAAUGGGAGAGAAUUCGUCGCCAAGAACUUCUUAAUCAACGUAACAGGGAACAAGAAGAAAUUGUCAAGUUGACCUCUAAAAAGAAGAGCCUCAAUCUUGAAUUAGAAGCUCUGACCGACAAACAUAAGCAAAUCUCAGGCAGACUGCAAGAUAUUCGUAGCAAAAAGCAAGCUAGAAAAACUGAACUGGAGGCUUUAGACAGGAAAUAUGACCAAGGAAUCAUGGAAGUCAAGCAACUACAACAACAGCUUGAGGAUUAUCAGAAUAAACUGAUUUAUUUGGUUCCUGAAAAGCAGUUGUUAAAUGAAAGGAUAAAAAAUGCUCAACUUGAAAACACUCAGAGUACAGGAGUCAGUUCAGUGACCAAGAAGUCCGUAGAAAAGGAAGAAUUAUGCCAAAGACUUAAGGAACAAUUAGAUGCCCUUGAGAAGGAAACUGCUUCUAAACUUGCUGAAAUGGAUGAAUUUAACAGUCAGCUUAAGGACCUGAGAGAAAGUUACAGCACACAGCAAUUAGCCUUGGAGCAGCUCCACAGGAUCAAACAGGACAAAAUAAGGGAGAUAGAAAAAAGAAGAACUGAACUUGUACAGCAGAAGAGACUGGAAGAUGAGGCUGCAAGGAAAGCAAAACGGGAUAAGGAGAACCGAUGGCAGGAAAAUAUUCGAAGGGAAGAGGAAGAGAAAAAGAAGCGACUGGAGGAAGAACGGAUGCAGGAAAAAGUCCAAGAAAAGCUGAAAGCUGAAGAAGCACUUGCUCAGAUGAGAGAAAGGGAAAACAAACAGCAGCUUCUUGCAGAGGAGGAGAAAAGUAGACAAGCCACAGUCCUGAGGGAGGCAGAACAACAAAGGCAGAGGCAACUGGAAGAAGAUAAAAGAAAGCAAGAACAAAAAGCAAAAGAAGCUGAGGAGAGGCGUAAGCAGAACGAAGAAAUGAAAAAGAUAAAAGAAGCAACCAACUCUCAAGAGAUGGAGAAACACACUUCUAAAAUAAACAUAAAUGAAAAGUUUGCAGAUCUUUUGAAACCAACAGAGGGUAAAAGUCUUAAGCCACCCUGGAAAAAUGAAGGCAAUGCAGUUACUGUUGCAGAGUCCAGGAAUUCUGUUGCCUUGGUAAAUUACAGAGCGUUGUAUCCAUUUGAAGCAAGGAACCACGAUGAGAUGAGCUUUAAUACUGGGGAUGUAAUUCAGGUUGAUGAAAAAACUGUGGGAGAGCCUGGUUGGCUUUAUGGGAGUUUUCAAGGACAUUUUGGUUGGUUUCCAUGCAAUUAUGUAGAAAAAAUACCAGAAGGAGAAAAAGCUUUAUCUCCUAAGAAAGCCUUACUUCCUCCUACAGUAUCUUUAUCUACUACCUCAGCUGCUUCAGAACCACUUUCACCAAGUAAAUCUGCAGAAGAAUCUGAUUACCAAAACAUCCCCUUUUCUAGCCUGAAUGUUAACACAGCCUGGCAACAGAAAUCAGCUUUUACUCGCACUGUGUCCCCUGGAUCUGUUUCACCCGUUCAUGGGCAGGGGCAGCCUGUCGAGAACCUAAAAGCACAAGCACUUUGCUCUUGGACUGCAAAAAAAGAUAACCACUUGAAUUUUUCAAAGAAUGAUAUCAUUACUGUCCUGGAGCAGCAGGAGAACUGGUGGUUCGGAGAGGUACAUGGAGGAAGGGGUUGGUUUCCAAAGUCGUAUGUCAAGCUCUUACCUGGGAGUGAAAUCAAGAAAGAGGAACCAGAAGCUAUUUAUGCAGCUGUAAACAAAAGGCCUAAUACACAGUGUUACACAGCAGGAGAGGAGUACGUUGCCCUUUAUUCAUAUUCAAGCUCUGAGCCUGGUGACUUGACUUUCACGGAAGGUGAGGAAAUCCUAGUGACCCAGAAGGAAGGGGAAUGGUGGACCGGGAGCAUUGAUAGCAGAACUGGAAUCUUCCCCUCCAAUUAUGUCAGACCAAAGGAUCCAGAAGCUUCUGGUUAUGCUGGCAAAACUGGAACAAUAAAUAAGAAACCCGAAAUUGCUCAGGUUACUACUGCCUACGUUGCAUCAGGGACUGAACAGCUCAGUCUUGCUCCAGGACAGCUAAUACUUAUCCUGAAGAAAAAUGCCAGUGGAUGGUGGCAAGGAGAGUUGCAGGCAAGAGGGAAAAAGAGACAGAAAGGAUGGUUCCCUGCCAGCCAUGUGAAACUACUGGGUCCAAGCAGUGAAAGAACCACAUCUGCUGCUCCCUCAGUGUGUCAAGUGAUAGCCAUGUACGAUUACACGGCGAACAAUGAGGAUGAGCUCAGUUUCUCCAAGGGGCAGCUGAUUAAUGUACUGAACAAAGAUGAUGCUGACUGGUGGCAAGGAGAAAUCAGUGGUGUGACAGGUCUCUUCCCCUCAAACUAUGUGAAGAUGACCACGGAUUCCGAUCCAAGUCAGCAGUGACCCAAUGUUGUCUUCCAGUGUGAAAGCACCUCAGAGACCCACUAUCCAAGUUUGACUAGCGUGGAGGCAGGGUGGCCAGCCCUGCUCACGUGUCUGACACAAUCCUUUUGCUUCGUUUGAACAUUAGAUCCAAUCAAGAAAUUAGGUUUUUGUGGUUUUUUUUCUUCUGAUCUACAGUUUCAGUUGAUUUGUAAAAGCAGAAAGGAUAGUGGGUCUUUGUGUGGCUUUCACUGCUGUUCAUUCUUGUUUCCUUUAGUAUUUCCUUUGGUAUUGAUAACCAUAGUUAUUAGCAUGCAUAUCAAGUUAUCUUUUGCAUGGUGGGAUUGCAGACACACAAAGACCCACUAUUUGCACAGUUUAUCUGAGCUGUUUUGAAUGGGCAGUUGUGUUCUUUUAAUGUUGUAAUGUACAUAUUUUGCAGAAUUAAAAUGUUCACCGAUUAUUGUUCUAAUGGACUUGAUUUAAUCUCUUACAUAUUGGGCUUUUAAAAUUGACAGCCUACAUGGCUCAUCCAGAAACAAACCCUACCUGUCUGCUGCUGAUAGUCACUGUGAUUACAAAUAUGCUACAGGAUCUAAGGGUUAGAUCUGGUGCAGUCCAUCCAGCCUUUUAAAACCCUUUUUAACUGGGGAAAGAACUAUUAAGCAUAGAGUGGAGGAUAGUUUUAAUUUUUUUCUUCCUUCACAGUAGUACUGUGGCAGGAAUUCAGGUUGUUUUGGCUCAAUACAUUCUAUCCCUAAACAACCUCCUUCCUUUAAAUACUUUAUGCUGAUAAUUCAUAUUUGCUUUCAGUUUUGGCAAACGUGCUAGUUGCUGCAGUAAGUACUUACACAGCCUCUGUGUGACCAGGCCCUUUCCCUGCCCCUUCAUUAAAUAGUCAAUGGUACAGAAUUGUUUAUGUCUGGCUGCACUCUGCAGUGACUCAAAGUACUUGUCUGAAAGCUGCUGCUCUUCCUUCUGGUGAAUAAACCAGCAGCCUUAGUGCACAGCUAACCUCGAUACAGAGGUGUUGCCAGAAAAGAGACACUAAGUGACACUUGGAGCUGAGAGCAGAGCAUUUGGGUUUAGGAAUGGAACUGUGCUCCUCAGCCCAAAGGUGGUCCUUCACAGCCCUGGUGUGUCACCAGUAAAGUGCAGUAAUGGUGCCCAUGUCUUACUGUAAUGUUUGGAGGGAAGGAGGGACUUAUAACCUUGAUUCCCCUUUAAAUAAAAGGAUUAAUUUAAUUGCAGCCUUCUCUGAUUAAAUAGUUCUGUGCUCUUGUAGCAACAGGAGAAAUCUCAUAGACACAGUAUUUAAAGUAGUUGGUUUCCUGAACUUGGUUACGAAACAGCAAAAGUCAUUUAUGCAAUCAGAAAUGUUUACAAAACACUGCUUGUUUACUACAGAGACAUAUAUAUAUAUAUAUAUACUUAUGAAUGUUGUGAAGGUACUAUCAGGAAAAGGUUAGUCCAAUUGCAAAAAUUUAAAAGCCUUUCUCCAGAAUCUCAAUGUUAUGUAUUUAAUAUACUUGAUCAAAUAAUGUAUAUGUGCCCUUUAGUUCAGAGAUGUAUCUUCUGUGCAAUAUGGACUAAGCAAUGUGCCUACAGAAAACUACAAAUGGGUUUUUAUUCUGGAUGUAUUUUAUCUGAACCAGUAUUCUGUUAUAGAAUGAAAUUGCGUUGUUGUAGGCAAAUAAUGUGCUAGAUAAUCCUUUGACUAUUCCAGAUGACUUGAUUUCCUUAUGAAACUACAUUUCAAGUGUUUCUACUAAAAUGUGCUACUGAUCCAGGAUUGCCUUCUCUGAAUUUCUGUCUUGGAAGGCCUGUUUAAUACAGACUGAAGUGUCUUUUGCUGCACCAGUGGCAUCAAGCAAUCACUGUAAUCUGAGAAUUGGGUGAUCUUCCAAAUUAUCUCAUUUCUAAAAGGCACUGUUAACCUGUGGGAUUUGAGCUGCACUGACUUCCCAAUGUUCAGUCAGUUUUCCUUGAAUGCCAGAUUGCUACUAAUGGUCUUUGAAAAACUAAAAACAUCCUCUGUGGCAUGUUUGAGGACAUAGUUAUGUGGCAUUUUCCAAAAGCAGCUGGCAUGCUACACAUUUUUUAACUGAUACAAUUGGAGAUUAGGGCACUGUUAGGUAAAGUUUCACACGGGGAGCCCUGUUGUUGGGUAUGUAGGUAUGAGCAUUGAAAAUUAUUGAAACUGCUGCCUCUAAAUUAGAACUGAAGAGUAUUAAAGUGAAGCAUCUUGUGGUUUCACAGUAACCUUUUUGUGUUUCAGUAUUAACUGAGUACGCUCUAAAUUCUCUAACUGUAAUAACAAAGAUAAUAACAACACAUCUUAGUAAUGCUGAUUGAAAGAGACUCAGUCCCUGCCUUCAGUAUUUGUCUCUCCUGCAAAAGUCUGUCUAGCACAGCUCUGCUCUCCUGCACAUUGAUGCAGAAAGGGUUGGAUACACACAUCAGGUCAUCCAUGGGAAAGACCAUGGCAAGGAUGUAUUUAUGGCAAGAUUAUUAUUAAUUAAUGGUCUGUAUCAAUGAAGAGGUGGAGCUAAUAGAAGCUUGGGUUUAAAUCAGACUUUUUCUUUCAAAAAUGCUACUUUUUUUCUCUGGUUGUGUGCAAUCCACCCCUUGUUGCUAAAGGUCCACAGAGUUGAGUUCAGUUGGUCAUCCCAGCCAACCAAGUAAAAUCACCCUGAUUUGGGUGAAAAAGGCUGGCUGUGGAACUAAGGGCAAACUGGAAAAUAGAGUUUUUUGUUUAACUGAUGGUUCCCGGGCAAGAGCUGAGAGUUUAAAUGUUGCUCAGAGCCACACAAGGUUAACAGGUGUCACUGGAGCCAACAUGGAAAGUGAAAUAUGCUGCUGCCUGCAGUGUAGUAUUUGCUUAAUGUUGUUUCCUGUGGGCUAGCAGAGAACAGGGGCCCUGGUGUCAUUGGGGUGAGAACAUGAACAGUGCUGUAAAUGCACAAGGACAGGUACCAAAACACUUCCUAAUUCUGUAACUGUCUGGUUUAUGUAAUGGACUAACAAGCUACACAAGCCUAGUUUUACACAAGCUUAGUUCCUGAUCCAGACUUGGAUCCAUGCAGGAAGGUCUUGUGCCACUACUGGGACCCGGUCUCAGGGCUGGGCUGUGCAAGGAGUCAGUGGUGGUGAGGGCUGAGAGCAUCCAGAGCACUUUCUCCAUGUGAUUAAUGGUGCAGUCAGGAGUGCAGAAGGCAUAAAGCUCCAUCAAAAAGUUACACACUAAUAACUGAAACAUCUCCUACCAGUCACUGAAUAUUUUUGCCAUCUCAAUGCUUUGUCAGAUUGUAUCCCUGUGUGAUUUCCUUGAGCCGGGUUGGAAACACCUGUAAAUAAGUCUGCUUGUAGGAAUGCGGACAAUCCUUGGCCUGCAGUGGGAGCUGCUGCAGGGUUGUGCUACUUCAAUGUAAUGAACCAAUAAAACUGCUGUGUAAUGGUGUGUGCUGCCUUAAGAUCCCUCCUGUUGUUCUUCCCAAGCUUGAGUGUCCGUGUGCAGGGAUGGUUGUUGAGACAUGCGAAUGCAGGCUGUGCUUAGCAUGAGGCAAUUGUUCACCCUUGGUUUUAAACGACGUUGUAAGAUAACUAUGCAAAUGUAUUUUAUUAAAGGGACACAU